AUAUUAUAAAACCUACUGUAAGAAGGAUCACUUUGUCACUGGACCUGGAACAACAGUCCCCAAAUAAUUUUUACAAACAUGCAAUUAAACAGCAAUUGGUGGCCCCUUACAGAUUUCCAGUAAACUAAAAUGAAUCUUUUUGCAUACAGGCCUGGGACAACAUUUCUUGUUUUGUUUUUUACAAACAGUUAAUAUAUUACUACAAUCUAAUCUAUCUAUCUAUCUAUCUAGUAUACACUCCCAAAUAUGUGAAAAAAGAAAAACGUUUUCUGUUCACCUAUCCAGUUUCAUUUUCUCACUCCAGCCUCACCCUUUUUUCAUCAGCUACUGUAUAUAAAGGCCACUGACAAGGGUUUGUCAUUUUAUUCACCUCCUGACCGACCAAAGAUGGAUCUAAACAUCUUGAUUGUUCUUCUUUUUACUCUAUUCACUGGAGGACAUUCGCUCCAGUGUUAUUUGUGUCAAGGUGGGACGGGUUCUUGUGUAGGUGUAGCGAUGCCAUGUUCUGCUGGGACAUAUAACACCUGUACCAGUGCAACACUGGUUAAUACUACAGGUGGCAUCGCAGUUGUCUCAAAGUUUGAGAGUUGUUAUUCGUCCCAAUAUUGUGGAAACUCAUCUGUUAGCAUUGGGCUUUCAAGGCUAGUGGUGUCUAUGCAGUGCUGUAACACAGACCUCUGUAAUAGCCAAGAUGUCCAAGAUUACAGCUCUAGCAACCAAAAUGGAAAACAAUGUUACUACUGUAAUGGGACGAGCUGCUUAAACAAAUUAAACUGUUUAGGAAACGAAGACUACUGCGUUAAAGCAACAACAAAUAUUACAUAUCUUCCAUCGACUGUUAAGGGAUGUGCCUCUAAAACUGCCUGUGAUGCCGGAUCACAAGUGCUUCAAGGUUACGUCAACACCUCAUGCUGUCAGGGGAAUCUGUGUAACAGUGCUAUGGGCGUCACUCAAAACCUCCUCUUUCUCUCCUGGCCGUUCUUCUUCUACAUCAUGUUUCACUGAAUUCAACAUUAAAUGUCAAUGUGACAUUUUAGAUAUGAUGGUGGGAUUAAUAAGAAAGAAGUUUCAUGUUUUUAAUGUAUGGCAUAUGUGACAUUACAUUUUAUUCAAUAUAGCUUGAAUUGUCAUUAUAUUUGGUGCUGUUGAGAAAAGAGAUACUCAGAUUAUAUAGGAAACAUAACAUAAAAUAAAAAAUAAACAUAUAAAAUUGAACAUAAUGCAUAAAAUUAACUUCAGCUUUGUCUCAUCAGAUAAGCCACCACUGUAUAUGUCAAGAUGUGUCCUAGAUGUAGACAGGUUGCAAUUUCGCUAUGUUGCAAAAUACAAAAAAACUGUGAAUUACACCUUGUAUGGUGUUUAUACAAAGCAGCGUUAGCUUACCAGUUUAACGCGAAGACGGAUUUGUGAUAUAUACGUAAUGUCUGCAGUGAAUUUUAUAAAUGGGGUAGCCAGGGGGGGCCAAGGCUACUUUAGGGGGUCCACAGUCCAUGAAAGAAAAUGAUUCGUAACCUUGUAAUGAAUCUCAUGAUUGCUGAUUACUUCAUAUUACCCCACAUUAGAUACAUUUUCAUAUAGUGCACCGCAUGCAUUAAUAGCACAAACAUAAGGUAAAAUUUUAAACUUUUUUAUUUUUUCCAUCUGGAUAAUGUUGAAAAUUCUGUGAUGGUUUGGUUUGGAGAUUGGUUUAGGGGAAAGGGAUCGAAUAUACAGUCUGUACAGUAUAAAAGUCAUUACGUGUAUGGAAAGUAUUUGUA